ACAAGAUAAUAUGUAUGUGUAUGUAUAUAUAUAUAUGUAUAUAUAAAUAUACAUGAAUUUAUAUGCGUAUCACUGUGAACCAAGAGAAGCAAGAGGAAUUUCUAUCUUUGGGGCUGGUCUCUGAUUGUCUGGUCGUAUACAAUAUUUUGAAUAUUUCCUUUGAUCGUCUACAUCAAGAGGACAAAGACUACAUGCCCAUUUUGUAUUUUAUUUCCCCGUCGCUGCUUUCCGUCCCUCUCGAUCCUGCUUUUUUCUACGUCUGAGGGGAGCGAAGAGGAGAAGAGCCACAGGAUUCGACAAAAAAAAAAGAGGGAAGAAUCUGCAGAGAUUCCUGUGAUUAGUUCUGUUUCCAUUGGCUUUACCGCUUUUUGAGCCGAUCACAGCGUGCCGUGUUGAGAUCUGAGGAGGCAGCAGAGACAGAGUGCCACGCCACUCCGCUCAGCAUCAGCCCCAGCCAGCAUGCACAAACACCACCACUGCUGCAAGUGCCCAGAAUGUUAUGAAGUGACCCGUAUGGCUGCCCUGCGUAGGAUGGAUGCCCCGUCAUAUGGAGGAGACUGGCAGGCCGAGCCCUAUGGAUACCCGCCUGGGUAUGGGGGAGGCCAGACCUUACCGCCUCCAGCCUCGGGGGGAGGUGGAAGCAUGGGAGGAGGAGGAGGCACUUUGGGGAGAAGUAAGGGCAAGAUUAUGUCUAGUGGGGGCCCAGGAGGCCCCAACCCAAAGGGCCAAUCCAAGGGAGGCCCCAAAGUAAACGGCAGCAACUCCAGUGGACAAGCAGGAUGGUGGCCUGAGUGCACCUGUACCAACCGGGAGUGGUACGACCAGGCCAACCCUCCCCCCAUCAUCGUCAACGCAGACUCACUAGAUGCAGGGCCUUAUGUAAAUGGCAGUGAUGGGAUGUAUAAAUAUGAAGAGAUCAUUUUAGAGAGGGGGAACUCUGGCCUGGGCUUUAGCAUUGCUGGAGGAAUAGACAAUCCCCACAUUCCUGAUGAUCCGGGGAUCUUCAUCACAAAGAUCAUCCCAGGAGGAGCAGCUGCUAUGGAUGGAAGACUGGGGGUUAACGACUGUGUGCUGCGCGUGAAUGAUGUGAAUGUAUCUGAAGUGGUUCACAGUCGGGCAGUGGAGGCCCUGAAAGAGGCGGGGCCGGUGGUGCGGCUGCUGGUUCGACGGAGGCAGGCGCCACCCGAGACGAUUCUGGAAGUCAACCUGCUUAAAGGGCCUAAAGGGCUGGGAUUCAGCAUUGCUGGAGGGAUUGGGAAUCAGCAUAUCCCAGGAGACAACAGCAUCUAUAUUACCAAGAUCAUAGAGGGAGGAGCUGCGCAAAAAGAUGGACGGCUGCAAACUGGAGAUCGCCUGCUCGCUGUGAACAACAUUGUGCUGCAGGACGUGCGUCAUGAGGAGGCGGUGGCUGCGCUGAAGAACACCUCUGAUAUGGUUUACCUCAAGGUGGCCAAGCCAGGCCCUGUGCAUCUCAACGACAUGUACGCCCCACCAGACUACUCCAGCACCUUUCCCACCUCGGUAGACAACCACGUCUGCCACAACUACGUGGGGCCAAUGGAGCCCAAGCCAGUGUACCCGCCACCCCAGGUUACCCCGUCCAGGUACUCGCCAGUUCCUCGCCAUAUGCUCGGGGAGGAAGACUUCACAAGGGAGCCGAGGAAAGUGUUGCUGCACAAAGGCUCCACAGGCCUGGGCUUCAACAUCGUCGGCGGGGAGGAUGGCGAAGGCAUCUUUGUCUCCUUCAUCCUGGCAGGAGGGCCGGCUGACCUGAGUGGCGAGCUGAGGAGGGGUGACCGGAUUCUCUCGGUGAAUGGCGUGAACCUGAGGAAUGCCACACAUGAACAGGCAGCUGCUGCGUUGAAGAGAGCAGGACAGACCGUCACCAUCAUUGCCCAGUACAGACCUGAAGAAUAUAGUCGAUUUGAGUCCAAGAUCCACGACCUGAGGGAGCAGAUGAUGAACAGCAGCAUGAGCUCAGGAUCAGGCUCCCUGCGUACCAGUGAGAAACGCUCUCUCUAUGUCAGAGCUUUGUUUGACUACGAUCGAACGAGGGACAGCUGCCUGCCCAGCCAAGGCUUGAGCUUCUCUUACGGGGAUAUCCUCCAUGUCAUAAAUGCUUCUGAUGACGAGUGGUGGCAGGCGAGGCUGGUCACGCCACACGGAGAGAGUGAGCAGAUUGGGGUCAUUCCAAGCAAGAAGAGAGUGGAGAAAAAAGAGCGGGCCAGGUUAAAAACAGUCAAGUUCCACGCCAGGACAGGCAUGAUUGAGUCUAACAGGCCAGUCAAAGUAAAGCGCAAAAAAAGCUUCAACCUCUCACGCAAGUUCCCAUUUUACAAGAGCAAGGAGAAUAUUGUGCAGGAGUUGGUGGAGUCUGAACAAUGCCUGACAUCCAACACAAGUGACAGUGAAAGCAGUUCAAAGGGGCAGGAGGACACGAUUCUUUCCUACGAGCCAGUCAUUCGACAGGAAAUCCACUACACAAGGCCUGUGAUCAUUUUGGGCCCAAUGAAGGACAGAAUAAACGACGACCUCAUCUCGGAGUUUCCUCACAAGUUUGGCUCCUGUGUACCACAUACGACUCGUCCGAGGCGAGAGAACGAGAUGGACGGCCAGGACUACCACUUUGUGGGCUCGAGAGAGCAAAUGGAGAAAGACAUUCAGGAUAAUAAAUUCAUCGAGGCGGGCCAGUUCAACGAGAACCUCUACGGGACGAGCGUCUUGUCCGUCAGAACGGUGGCUGAGAGGGGGAAACACUGCAUCCUGGACGUGUCUGGGAACGCCAUAAAACGACUGCAGCAAGCACAACUUUAUCCGAUCGCCAUCUUUAUCAAACCAAAAUCCAUUGAAGCCCUAAUGGAGAUGAAUAAGAGGCAGACGUAUGAGCAGGCCAAUAAAGUCUUUGACAAGGCAGUGAAGCUGGAGCAGGACUUUGGAGAGUUUUUCACAGCUAUUGUACAGGGUGACUCACUAGAGGAGAUCUACAACAAAAUCAAGCUAAUCAUCGAGGAGCAGUCCGGUCCCUACAUCUGGAUCCCUUCCUCAGAGAAGCUCUGAGCUCCCUGCCGUCCCUGCUCUGCGUCACUGCAGAGAUUUUUCCCCUCCUGCCUCCCAGAGACCCCACCCAAGCCCAAAUAGGCCCCCCUCUCUCUCCCCCCCAACCCCUCACCUCCUUUUUGCAGAUAUGUUUCAUAUCAAGUUUUAGUGUCAUCAUUAUGUUACUCUCUAAAAUGAAAAAGAAGUCUUAUCACCAUUACUGUGACUGUGCACACCCCCUGCAUGAGUUUCUCAACAAACCCAUUCAAGACUGGAAAUGCCAUUCCAAAGGAAAUUGUCAAGUGUCAAAAAAAAAACAACAAAAAGGGGAAAAGGAAUAAAAUCCUUUUUGUGAACUGAGACUGAACUGAAGAUCAGAAUGUUUCACAGCAAAUCAGGAGAGACGAGGAGUUGGGAUUUCAAAAUAGAAGUUGCAGGGGAACAGAGACAAAUCAUACCAAGUUGGAACACUUUGUAAAUGUUCAUCAAAAUCACAUUAAAAAAAAAAAGGAAAAAACAGGCGCAAGACGAGAAGUUGAAGACCAGUUGCGUUUUUUUUUCUUCCUAAACAGACUGGAUAUAAUUGAGCCCUGCUGAUGGUACUGUUCAAGAAGUCAUCUCUCGUUUAUUAUGACUGAGGAAAUUAGCUGAGGAGCCUAAAAAACUGGUGAUCUAUUUAUCACAAACCAGCUUGCUGUUUGGUCGUCUGCCAGUUGUCUGUGCUGCAGCUGAUAAAGACAUCUCGGGAGGCAGAUCAUAAGGAAACGUGUCGUGAAUCUCUACAUUUAUAUUAUGAAAUCACAAGAUAAAAAGAUAAAAUCUUACUGAGAUUUUACUACAUAUUAAAAAGAAAUACACAUUUUACACUUCACUAGAAUUGUCAAUUUGGAGGGCUGUUAGAUUUUCUUUUCUUUUCCUUUAUUUGUGGGAUUUUUUUUUGAUUUCUUUUUUUUUUUUUUUUGCUUGUGGUUUUUAGCUGCUCUGUGUAAAAGGAUGGGGGUAGAGAAGUGUAACUGGGCUCUCUGCAAAACACCAAACUGCCUUACAUCAAAUACAAAUUCUGUUUUGUGACUACCUGUUGUCUGUGAGGGAGGCCGCACACAAUUGACGAGGAAAAGAGAGGAACCACUCUCCUCCUCUUUCCUGACCCUUUUCUGUGUCCUCCAACUGCCAGGACGCCUGACUCGAGUGCAAUAGAUGAAACAAAGUCUCACCUGUGGGCGCCUUUUUUUUCUCCCGUGUAUUUCAACCUUUUCUUCCUGUGUCAAUUAAAUAAGAAAUUUGGCCAUUUGAUUACAGUUUGGACAGACAGAGCCUUCCUAGCUCAUGUUGAGCAGCAGAACACCCGAUUACACUCUCUGCCUUCCAAGAGGAUUCUCUUCUGAUUGAAUGGUCACGUGGUACUGUCCUAUCUGCCGCCGUGAUGGUGGCCUUAAAACGGGUAGAACAAGACAAUAAUUGUAUUGGAUGUCCUAACAAUUAAAGAGUCGAUAUAACCUGUUUUUGGAUUGUCCCCAUAUAUAAAGUAACACUAAAGUUGGGUUUGAUUAAAACCGUUAUGCUUUCA